CUCGGCCAUUUAAUCGAAAACAACUUUUCGAUUAAAUGGCCGAGGAGCUCCGAAUGCGGUUCUGUCGUGUUGUUUCCUCCCUUAGAACCAAAGUUCCCAUUUAUUAUUAAUCAAUCUGACCUAUUCGGACUGUUGAAACAAAUUUGGAAUUUUAUAAGUGCUGUUUCAUUUAAAGAAGACAAAAAGAUGGACGUGCUAGGAGACAGUGUUGGAAUGAUGUGUGCGUCUGCCGGAGCAUUGACGGCUAUAGCAGGUGCAGCGGCAGUGUACUACAUGUCCAAGAUGCCUGACCCGACGUGUAUCCCGCCCAUAGACCUCAAUGACCAAUCAUAUGUUUUGGAGGAUGGGUCAAGGUGCAGUAAACUUAUGCCUAAGGGAGAGCUGCUGGACUAUAAGCCUCACAAAGAUGUCUGUACACUUUUGGAUGUGUUUAAGCAGGGCGUAAAGACAGCUGCUGACAGUCCUUUCUUGGGUACGAGGUCAGGCCCGAACAGGGAGUAUGAAUGGAUUACAUACCAGGAGAGUUAUGACCAGGCCCGCUGGUUUGGUUCCUGGCUGUUGGAUCAGGGGCUGGAGAGUGGGAAGGACAAUAACAUCAUCGGGGUCUUUGCCCAGAAUAGACAGGAGUGGAUCAUCUCUGAUUUGGGCUGUCGCUGUUACAACCUGCUGGUUGUGGCGUUGUACGAAACACUGGGACAUGACGCCAUCAUCUUUGUUAUUAAUCAAACCCAAAUGCCUUUGCUCGUUUGCGAUUCAGCGGAGAAAGUGAAUAAAAUACUCUCCCUGGUAGAGGAGGCCGGGAUCAAGCAUGUGAAAACACUCGUUGUCAUGGAUAACAAUGCUGAUGUCAACAGCGCCCUGGCAACCAAACUGGGCAUAAACAUUGUCACCUUCCAGGAUGCACUGGAAAAGGGAAAAGCCAACUUGAAACCAGAGGCUCCUCCCUCCCCUGAUGAUGUCGCCAUUAUUUGCUACACAAGCGGAACUACAGGAAACCCAAAGGGAGUAAUGACGACCCACCGACAGUUUCUCUCCAUGGUUACUGGGGUUCAAAUGAUUAUGUCGAGCUACAGGGUUUUAAACAAGGACGAUGUUCAUCUUUCUUACCUCCCGUUGGCCCACAACUUUGAGAGAGCAAGUCAACAGUUGCUUUACUUGUAUGGAGCACGUAUAGGGUUCUUCAGCGGGGACAUAAAACUCUUGCUUGAUGACCUUCAGACUCUGAGGCCGACGUUUUUUAUCAGCGUUCCAAGGCUGCUUAAUAAGAUCUACGACAAGGUGAUGUCAGGUGUGUCCCAGAGCAAAAUCAAGUCCACUCUUCUACAGUGUGGCCUGGAUGCUAAAAUGAGAGAUCUUCGGAGGUACGUGAUUCGGAAAGACAGCAUCUGGGAUAAGCUCUUGUUUAAGAAGGUUCAAGCCCUAUUUGGAGGCCGUGUGGACAUCCUUAUUUUAGGCUCGGCUCCUAUGUCUGGCAAAGUCCUCGACUUCUUCAGAGCCUCUUUAGGUUGUGUGAUGUAUGAAGCUUUUGGACAGACAGAGGCCGUGGCUGCAGUUACCAUGACAAUCCCUUGCGAGACGUUGUCUGGUAUGGUUGGACCACCAAUGCCCCAGAACUUUGUCAAACUGGUGGAUAGUCAAGAACAGGGCUACUUUGCGGCAAAUAACCAGGGAGAGGUGUUGGUGAAGGGUGGAAAUGUGGCUAGUGGCUACUACAAGGAGCCAGAGAAGACGGCGGAAACAUUUGACAAGGAUGGCUGGCUUCAUACAGGGGACAUUGGAGAAUGGUUACCGAAUGGGACAUUGAAAAUAAUUGACAGAAAGAAGAAUAUCUUCAAGCUGGCCCAGGGAGAAUACAUUGCUCCGGAGAAGAUUGAGACUGUGUACUGCAGGAGCAAGUUUGUGGCCCAGGUCUUUGUUGAGGGCAACAGUCUGCAGCCAUUUGCGGUGGCCAUUGUGGUUCCUGACGAGGAAGUGUUGUUGCAGUGGGCCUGCAAUAAUGGUGUGACGGGGAAAUUUCAGGACCUGUGUGAGAGUCAGAGCAUCAAGCAAAUGGUCCUUACAGACAUUGUCAGUGUUGGAAAGGCAGCAAAACUCAACAGUUUGGAACUGGUAAAGGAUGUCUUCCUGUGCCCGGAGCCUUUCACUGUGGAGAACAACCUGCUGACUCCGACCUUCAAGAACAAGCGCCCGGAGCUGAGGAAAUUCUUCAAGGGCAUCGUUGAGGAAAUGUACAAAUACAAUGAGCAGUGAAAAUUAUGGAGAUGUUUGUUGGAGAUGUUUGUUGAAGAUGUUUGUUACGAACUUUGGCUUGAUAGCUUGAUGAAAACCUUUUUUAUACCAUGAUUUUUGAGAAGGGAUAAUAUAAUGAAAUUGUCCAGAAUGUGUAACAGUGUGCAAUGGCGCGGCUUGAUGACACGCCAUAUGUAAGGGGGGUUUGCCAAAAGGUACCAAAAUCAUCUAUAUCUUAAUGUUGCUUUGCAUUUUCUGGGAUAAAUCCCUGAAUUCAUUAACUGUGAUUUAGUUUAAUUAAAAUAAUAUAAAGCAUUUAUUACAUUGUUACUAGUUUAUAUAAGGUUAUGAACUGUUAAGUCAUUAUGUUGCGGGUGAAUUUUGUAUAUAAUCUUACAUAUUUUACAUUGUUUACUGUUUAGAAAAUUGAGUUAUUAAAAAAUGUAAUACUUCAGAAAAACUGUUAAACUAUUACUGUUUUUUGUAUUUUUGGACAUUUUAAAAAUAAGUGUUUUUAAAGGGACUUGUUUACAUAUUUUAUGAUGGCAACAUUGUUUUCAAAUUUUGUUACUGUUCAUUUAUUUAACCUGCUUUAAUUGACAAUUACAAAACAGCAACUGGCAGAUACCAUACCCAUUAACCAAAAACCAUUCAAUUUUCAAGAGAGUUAUUAAAGCUUUUCAAUAAAACAAAGCAUUCAUGUGUUACAAAGUAAUUGUUAACAAAAGAACCUGUUUUGAACUUGUGAUAACAUUUUUUCACUGUUACAAGUAUUUUAUUACAUUUCACAAAAUUAAAGUUUUCGAAGUCCGAACCUUUAAAACGUGAUCGAGUCCCUUUAAUAUCUCUUGGUGAAAGAAUCUCAGAACUUUUUUACAAAUGUAUUCACACGCUAUAAAGCUUUGGUCGGUGUAGUGGGCUAUUGAAAUGUUUACUAUAUAUAUUCAUAAAAGUUAUAGUAUAUAUUUUCGAGAAGUUUUUUGCAUAAUUGCUAUUUAAUGUGCUUCUAUACAAAUGUGUUCACGCACUAUAAUGCUUUGGUAAGUUUAGUGUGCUAUUGAAUUGUUAACUAUAAUUUCAUACAUCUAAUACUGGUAGUGUAUCUUUUUGAGAAUUUUUUACAUCAUUGAUAUUUAAUUGCUAUGCUGGGAAAGAUAUUAUACCAUAUUCAAGUUCCCAAAUACUUUGCUUAACUGCUUUGAAUUGCUAUUCAAUUGCAGGGUAUAUAAAUCAUUAAAGAAAAUUGAGUAAGUAUUUUCAUGUAGAUAACACAAGUAUUAUAUGCUUGAUGGCUUAUAGAGAUUUAUCAGUGAAAUAAAAAUGAUAUUUCGCUUUUUCAAACAAUGAAAUAACAAUUUGAUAUGUUUCACUGUUUUCAAAUUUCAGCCCUCGCUAAAGUCGAAUUCAAACAUCAGCUCACAAAGCGCUGCGACACAAAUUCAACAAGGUCAUUUCUGAAAUGAUGUUAUGUUUGCAUAGGAUUUGUCACGAUUUUCUGAAAUCCACAAUUGAAUGUCAUUUUAUAUAGGUACUUAAAGCAUAUAAUAAAAACACCUAAAAUAAGUAUUAUAUAGCUUUUGGUGCUCACUUGGUGAAAUAUAUUAUGCUCUUACACUGAAACAAAUAAUCAUCCUCUAUAUAUUACUACAUUACAUUUGAGGCAGACUUGAGAAAUUGAUUGAUUUUCAUUUUGUUGCAUGUAUGUAUAAUUGCAAUGAAUUUAGUUAUGAUAGAUUCUUUAAUUCCUCCAAAACUGAAGAGACAAAAAUAAGCAGGCUUCAUUUUCUUUACAAAAAAAUCUGAAAAUCAAUUAAGAUUGGAUAUAAGUUAGCAAAAAAUGCAUGCACUGGAUUAUAGUAUUCAUUCACGGGUAGAAAAAAUGUGUUUGACUAAGACUUGCCCUUGGUGGUGGACUUUUAUUUUUGAUUUUGAAAUGUUGGUUAUUUCUUUCAUGUUUGUUUUUUGAAGGACAAACUCAAGAGACUGUGAUAACCCUUUGUGUCAUUAUUGGCUUGCCUAAACUUUAACCAUUUACCGAAACAAGUUGAAGGUUUUCACAAGAAACUUUGUACAAAUGUUCCCAGACACAGUAUACACACAUUUUAUGCAAAGUGCACAACUCUUACUGUAUAAUUGUGGAGUUAUGCCCCUUCUCCACUGAGAUAAAAAAAAUCAACAUUUUAGCUUUGAUAUCUGUUUGUGGUGCUCUUGUUGUUUGUUUGUUGAGAAUUUUUAUUGUUUUUGAAAAUAACUGCCUUUUCACUAUCGUUGUAAUUUCACAUAAUAAUGGUAUAAUGGUACAAUUAUAACAUACUUAAUUUACUUAUUUGGUAAUUGGUAUUAUCUGUCUUAAUAUUUAAACUGUUAAAAUGUAUUCAAAAUGUGUGUAUCUUAUAUUGUUUUGUAGAAAUCCAUAUAAUUCUCCAUUUACUCAAUUGUUAUAAAAACAUGACUUUGUUGUGACAAAGAAAAAUAUGUGCGAUAUGAACUGACACUUUAUUUUGGCAAUACUGGUAACCUGACCUAAGGAUUCUUGGGAGUGUCAGGGCAUUGCAUCUGAAAUGACAUAAUGUACAAAAUACUGGUGCUUUUAGAUUCUUUUACCUUCACAAUUCAAAACCCAUAGUUGACCAAGCUCUUAGUUGGAGCUGAUUUAUGCCUGUUAUGCACCAGUCAAUUGUAACCACGGGUUACCCCCGGACCGGGGGGGGGGGGGGGGGGGCAUGGUUACAAUUGACUGGUUCAUUAUCUGCCAUGCUUAUUAACAACCACAUUUUAUAUGAAUAAAAGCAUUAUAUUUGUAUAGAUUUUGUAUCAUACUGUAGUAUUGAAUAAAACAAUCACAAGCGUAAA